UCAUUUUAUUUCUUCAUCAAACUCCACCCUCUCCUUAAAGUCUUCAUACAAAUCUCGAUUUAUAACCUCUUUACCGGUUGUUCUCAUUUUAGCAGCAUCCGCAGCCUGCAUCUGGCAGCGGUGUCCCCACCAUUUCCAACUGCUCUGCUAUUUCUUUUUCUCCUCCUUUCCAAAAGUUGCCUGUGGUUUUCCUUGUGUUCAGACUUAUUCUCGUGCAGAAAGAUUUCCUGUCCUUCUUUCUCCUCAAAAUGUUUUCUCUCUGUUUAAAGUUUACUCUGUCACUGUCGUUAAAAAUCUUCUAAAGAUGUCACAUCAGCAAAAUAGUUGAUUUUGUGGAGCAGGGAUUUUAAAACUGUAUUUUAUAUGUGACAAGAAAAGGAAUUGAAUUAGGCUGCUCCAGAUCUGAAAGAGCUCACAAAUAUGACGGCUUCAUUGGUAGCUGCAGGGGCUGUUGGUAGUCACCUGGGAGAGUGGAGGCAAGCAAAAAUUUUUUUUUGAAAAGGAAGGAGGAGAAAAAAUAAACAAACAAAAAAAGUGAGAAUUGUGCACGCAGUUAAAUGAAAAAUAUCUGUCAAGUUUGCAAGUAGAUUGAAGAGGGAGAGGUAGGCUGGAGGGCAGCAGGACAGAGGUCUGGCCCGGGUGGCGAGGAGGGCUCGCUGGGAAAGAAAAGAGAAAGUUGAGGAAAAUGUGGCACGCCGGAAACAUGAGUGAUUGCAUGUGCGGGUGUGUGCCAGCAAGCGUGUGCGGUUGUGCGGGUGUGUGUCUGUGUCUGCAGGGUACAAGCCUGAGUAGCCUAUCUUCCCCUGAAGUUACAUUUGUUUACAUGGCAAGCGGCUGCAAACGCUGGCACUGAUGGAGUAAAACAAACGCAUACACUAGGAAAAAAAAAAAAAAAACAAAAACAAAAAAAAAAACCCACCAACUUUGGUCAGCUUUCGGGACUCGAGGCAUGCUUACGCUCUGUGUGGAGAUGGUUAAUGAAUCCAGUGUUUUUGCAGUUGCAAGCUUGUGCAUUCACUGUGCAACGCUGACUGCAGGCUUUUGCAGUGGCAACAGCUCACCAAAGAUAUUAAUUACACCGUCCCCUUUUUUUUCCACGAAUGUUUGGCUAUUCGGUUCAGCGAGGAAGAAUGCCGCCCACCCAACCCAACCCAGGCCAGUACGCCCUGACCAACGGCGACCCCCUGAACGGGCACUGCUAUCUCUCGGGAUACAUCUCCCUCCUGCUGCGGGCCGAGCCCUACCCCACCUCCCGCUACGGCAGCCAGUGCAUGCAGCCCAACAACAUCAUGGGCAUCGAGAACAUCUGCGAGCUGGCCGCCCGUCUGCUCUUCAGCGCCGUCGAGUGGGCCCGCAAUAUCCCCUUCUUCCCCGACCUGCAGAUCACCGACCAGGUGGCCUUGCUGCGGCUCACCUGGAGCGAGCUCUUCGUCCUCAAUGCUGCCCAGUGCUCCAUGCCCCUCCAUGUGGCCCCGCUCCUGGCCGCCGCCGGCCUCCACGCCUCCCCCAUGUCGGCCGACCGCGUUGUCGCCUUCAUGGACCACAUCCGCAUCUUCCAGGAACAGGUGGAGAAGCUGAAGGCGCUGCACGUCGAUUCGGCUGAAUACAGCUGCCUGAAAGCCAUCGUCCUCUUCACCUCAGACGCCUGCGGCCUGUCGGAUGCUGCGCACAUCGAGAGCCUCCAGGAGAAAUCGCAGUGCGCGCUAGAGGAGUACGUGCGGAGCCAGUACCCCAACCAGCCCAGCCGCUUCGGGAAGCUGCUGCUGCGGCUGCCCUCCCUGCGCACCGUCUCCUCCUCCGUCAUUGAGCAGCUCUUCUUCGUCCGCUUGGUAGGUAAAACCCCCAUCGAAACCCUCAUCAGGGAUAUGCUACUGUCGGGGAGCAGCUUCAACUGGCCUUACAUGUCCAUCCAGUGCUCCUAGAGCCCAUCCCGCACCCCCGGCAGAGAGGCGGCGGAGCGGCGUAGAGGGGAACGCUCGCACGGAGGGGCAGUCGGGGUGCGGGGGGGGGGCCGGGAGGUGGACGCUGAACAAAAGAAAGGGCGAGUGGGAGCAGAGAUGUGGCCGUGGAGGGGAGAAGGACGGACCUGCCGUCCGUGGAGGUUGUGAUGUUUUGCCUUUUUUUUUUUUUUUUUUUGCCUAUUUUGGGUUUUUUGUUUUGGUUUUUUUUUUGUUUGUUUGUUUUCUUUCGGAGAGGAGGAAAAAAGAAAUAAAUAAUAUUAAUAAAAGAGACAAAAAAAAAUGAGUAUUGAGGGGAUAUUAAUCAAACCUGAAGGGGAUACUGGAUCUUCCAGGAUUUAUUGUGGACUGUUGUUGAUAUAUGCUGUACAGUAAACCAACAAAAAAAAAAAAAGCAUUGAAACUGAACUGAACCUUGUGUACAAUGAAAAAAAACCCACCCAAAACCAAGCAAACAACAACAAAUUUUCCAUGCGCAAACACUUACCAUGAACAUUGUUACUCAUUUUGUAAUAUAUUAGUCUUUAUUUUCAUUUUUGGUAAAAGUUAAAACAUCAUAUGCGCAUAAAGGAAAAGAAAGGAGAAUUAGGGGAAAAUAACAUUUUCCAAAUAAUUAUAAAACAAUUGUCCUGUGUCUAUGUAUCUAUAUCUGUUUUGUAUUUUUUUCUGGUUCCAAACCAGGUUUCCUGUGAUUCUAUACUAAUAAUUUUUGAUAUAACCCUUUGCUUCUUAUAAUGAGUGCGAUAUAUGUUGUCAAAGCUGUUCUUCAAGAAUUAAAAUUGAAGUGAGAAUUUAAAAAAAAUAAAAGAAUUUAGCAAAAAAAACCCCAACUUAUCACCCCACAA